GUCAUGGAUUGGUUUUGGUCAUUAGUUUGGUGUUUCUUACUCCUGACAGGUUUUCUGCGUCCUUACAGCAGUGCUACUGGUUGUGCGGGCCCACCAGUUCUAUGUUGCGCUGGUCGGAACAGCUCCUGUAACAGAGAAUGUUUCUGUGACGAGGAUUGUGUGGAAUCGGGUGACUGCUGUCCUGACUAUAGUUCAACCUGUGGACAAUCAUCCACCGUUUCACCAACACUUUCUUCCGUCUCUACUAAGCCAACUACAGCGAUUGUUCGCCUAAAGGUUAAUUUUCAAUGUCAUUCUGAAGUCCAAGAACAAGCAAUUUUAGAAAUUUCAUCUUUUCUUCAGGGAGUUUUCCAGGAGAGCUGUAAGGGCUGCGCAGUGAAGGUCAAACCCGUGUGAGGCUUUGGGCAAUGAAAGCGUGAUUUUGGAUAAAACGACACCGUGAUGACAGACUCCAACACUCAUCUGCUAAAUAUAAAUAAGCUAUUAAAAGCUAAUAAAGUUAACUGACUAUUUCAGAAUUAAUAAAGCACUCUAUGUUUGCAUUCAUGUAGCAGCAUCUACAUCCUUCUGAGCUCUUAUUUAGUUUUUAUUUUAAACUCAAUCAAAGAAAACAUUUAUAGCACAUGUGCUUUGUUUGAUUCACUCUUUUCUGUUUUUUUCAUAAUAAAAGUCACAGGGUUUACUCUUUACUAACUAUUGUCAAGAUCCAACGCUGAGUUGACAGGUUCUUUUUCACAUUAAAAACAUAGAGGAAUGUUUUACACAGAUGUGAAUGUUGACCAUAUAUUUAGAUUAUAAGGGUUUUUAACAGAUUUCACUUCACUUCCAAUUUUAUGGGAAAAAUCUAGAAAAAAUGAAGAAAUUCUCACAAUUAUCUGGCAGAAAAAUAAUUCACCGUACAAAUCCAGUCUGCUGUGGUCAAGGAAAUAGCCACACUUACUAAGAUAUGAUACUCUGAAACAUGCCUGUGCUGCUGAGGCUUGGCUUUAGUGCUGUUAGAAUAUAAUUACAUUAAACUCACAUGUAAUAUAUCAUUCAUUUGAACUUCAUUUGAAAAUCAAUGACAUUAAUGACUUAGCCUCUAUUUCUGCCAUGAUUAAUGUAAUCUUGCAUAAUUAUAAACACAUUCAUUGUAGCAAAUAAACAAAUAGAAAUCAUUUUUUUGUUCAUAUGUUUUCAUAUUUCAUAAUGUAUAUUCCACUGUGUUAAAUAGAUUGGUUUAAUUGAUUUGUGCUAGUUUUCUUUUUCUGUGUGUGUUGUGCUAAAUAACUAAGAAUUUAUUGUUUCCUUUUGUAGAUGAUAUUAGCUCACAUUUAAUUAUGCUGAUUUCUUGCAGAUUCUUCAUGUGUGUUCAAUAAAAGCAAAUAAAUCAUUACUUUUUUAUGCAUGCAAAGCAGUGUUUCCCAAAUGGUGAUGGGAAGGCACACCAGUGUGUCUGAAGACAAAUUCAGACAUGAUUUGAGAUUUUGUC